UGUAUAUCAAAAAACAUAGUAAAAAAAAAAAUAACAACAACAAACUUUCUUUUCUUUCUUUUUUCUUUAUCUUUAAUAAUAAUGGAAGACACCACACUAAAUAAUACCAAACAACAACAACGCGACUUCAGCUUCAAACCCCUUGAUAGCAUGGAUACAUUUGGUUCAUAUAAAGAAGAACCAAUCUUGCAAAAUCAAGUAAGGCAGACACUUAUGUUAGUAGAAGACGACGAUGUAUCUUCCGAAGAAGAAGAUCUGACAACGUUGGAGAAAAGCAAAUCAUCUUCACUUGAUCAAACCAAAAUUAAUUCCAUCCGUAAAAAUCGACCUCUUCCCAAGGUUCCUGAGCGCGCAAAAAAUAACAGCUCAACUACGGCGCUAAGAGACAGUCUGAAAGGCCAAACUAGACUCUCUGCCCAACAACUGUUUCAGCUGCUUAAUAGCAAAGAAAAAGAAGAUGAGGAUGCAGAUACAAGUGACGAAGAUGAAGAAUAUGGUGGUGUAUUUGCUUUCAAGACACAAAUGCCAUCACCUAAAUUAUCCGCCAAAGAGCAACUCACUCAAUAUUAUCAAGAACAUAAUUACAAGUUAAUGACGCCUGUUGAAGAAGUGGAUGAAGAAGACCAACUGUUUAAUGAUAUUUCUACGUCAAGCAAUUCUGACGACGAAGACGAGGAAGCUGAGUCUAUAAUGCAUCGAUUGUCGGGAUUGUCAUUGGACCAAGCACCUAGUUUGACAAGUGGUAGAACAACGCCUUCUUUUGGGGAAAUUUCACCUCGUCCCUCCAUAGAAAAUGGCUCUUCACAACGUCCAUCAUUAGAGAAGCUCGCACUUUGCUCAAAUGCACCUCUUCUACCGAGCCAGCAAUCAAAUGAAGAAGAUUCUUUAUUAUCGGAUGUACAAAAGUUGGAGCGACUCAACAAGGCUUUAAUGACACCUGUACUCUCAUCCAGUCCACCUGCAAAUCAGCUCUCACCGCCUCAUAUCCUUGAACCUCCUACUCCCUCUUCAUCCUCUUCUUCAUUGGCUUCUGUCAGUCUAACACACGAUGUAAAGACAUACCGUCGCAUGGCUUCUAAGACACACGACCGUCAUAUCCAAUUUACUUAUGCCACCUAUCUCAUUCAAUUGGUCAACUCGAAUGACAACAAAUUAGAUGAAGACACACGUAAACGAUUACAAGAAGAGGCAGAAUAUUGGAUUGAGCGAUUAGCCAAGUCUAAUUAUGCAGGUGCUCUUUAUAUUAAAGGCCAAUGGCAUCGCGACUUCAAAUCUUCCAAAUUUGUGGGCUCGCAGUACAAAAAAGUCAAUCAUACCAAAGCAUUCAAAUGCUUUCAACAAGCUGCAAAAUAUGGUUCUACAGAAGCUCAUUAUGAAUUAGCUGAAUAUUGGAUGGUGAGGAAAGAAUACAAAAAGUCCAUGUCAAGCUAUCGAUUUGCUGCUUCAAAAAACCAUGUGCAAUCACUUUAUAAAUUAGCCAAUAUCUUAUUACGUGGCUUAUUAAAUCAAAAGAAAGACAUUCAGCAAGGUGUUAUCUUUCUAAGAAGAGCAGCAGAUGCAAACAAGCCUGAAAGUGCUCAAUCCGCUUUUGAUUUGGCUUGUAUAUUUUCAAAUGAUUUAGAAAGUGUCGAUCUAGAAAGAACCCCUGAAAUUGAAGCCUUUAUGACAGCUCAAAACUGUGCCUCUGCAGUCCAUUAUUUCAAAGAAGCAGAUUAUUAUGGUAUCGUCAAUGCUACUUAUCGCUUGGGUCAUAUCCAUGAACAAGGCCACAAUUAUGUGAAGCCAGAUACAUGGGAAGCGUUCAAGUAUUUCUCUAAAGCAGCUGAACGUAAACAUGAAGGUGCCAUGUUGGAAUUAUCAAGAAUGUAUCGAGAUGGUAUUAUGGAUUGCCUUAGUCCACGCCCUGAAAUGGCCUAUACAUGGUGUCUCUCCGCAGCAAAGAACGGCAAUGAAAUAGCCGAAUUUACAUUAGGACUUUAUUAUGAGCGUGGUGUUGGUGUUUAUCCAGAUCAAGCCCAAGCCAAUGAAUGGUUUAGAAAAGCAGCUUCCAAAGGCUAUAUGCCAGCAAAAGAAAAACUUAGCCCUUCUUUAAGAAACCCUAUAAUGCAAGGUCAAAAUCUGUUGGACAAUUUUGGUAUUGUCGCCUAAGUAUCACAAAGAAUGAAAUUUCGAUUGGUUGCAAAAUUUAUCUAUACAUACAUCUCCCAACAUGCACAUAUAUACAUAUGCACAUAUGCACAUAUACACACUUAAAUAGAAUAUAUCUUUGAUCCAUUAAUAUAUAAUAAAUGUUGACCAUCAUAAAAUGUGUUAUUCUUACUGCUACACUUUAUGAGCAAGAUUAGAAUUCUAGAG